AAGAUAGGAUUACCCGAACUACUCGUUUGAGUUACAUGGUUUCCUGCUGUUCCCAGCACAUCUCAUUGCCGAUUAAACUCGUAUAUAGAUCAUGAACAAAGGUGGGGAAUUGUCCUUCCCGGGCGUUUCAAGCUCGGCCUACAUAUGCAUAGCUGUCUCUCCCUUUUGGCUCAGAAUGCUCCUUACUCCUUGGACUUACUUGCAUGAAUCAGUAUCCUAGGCAACAUGCUCAGCAGCACGGUUCUUCUUUUCGCCCUUGCAGCGCCCGGCCUUGCCCAAGCGCUUGAGGGCUAUCGAAAAGUGCUUAUUACGUCCAAUGUCAACCCUAAAUUCGUGAUCGUGCCCAAAGCGCGGACCAGCGGCAGCACCACGAUUGUCAAGACCCGCAACGACAAGCCGGAGCAACACUGGUAUAUCAAGGACGGAGCCACCAAGAUCCAACUUGUCGACAGUAAUCUUUGCAUGGAUGGAGGCGCCCAGAGCAACUGGAAGGACAUGGGCAACAUCUACGUCAACGAAUGCGCCAACAACACCGAGUCCCAGAACUGGUUCGUCAUGGGUGACGGCCGCAUUGCUUUGGAACCUUCCGGUCAAAAGCAAUGCAUCGAUCUGGUGUACAUGAGGGCGACAGAGAACAACCCGGUGGGCCUGUACAGCUGCGCAGGUCUGGGUAACACCGGGGCAGCGGACAAAGGAAUCAACUGGCCGCUUGUCAACGUGACCGCUUAGGCAACAUGUAUUUAGAACCUAAACGGGCUUCAGGCGGCCAUGUUCCCUCGGUCAGCGCGUGUAUUCUCGAGAGGGUUAUAGAUAGCCGCUCGCUUGCUGGCUCGCACUUGCGUCAUGAUUCGCACGUCGAAGAAGGCGGAAGGUGUGUGCUGUUGGUUCCAGGGCAUCAUUGACUCCAACGACGCCAUGUUUCACGCAAGGACAACAUUAUUCUUGCUGACCUGAUACGUGUCCCUGGAG